AUGGAUUAUGUUUCCAAAUGUGUGGAAGCAGUGGCACUACCUAACAAUGAGGGGAAGAACGUUGUUCAAUUUCUAAAAUGCUACAUCUUUGCAAGAUUUGGCACUUCUCGAGUUAUUAGUGAUGGAGGGUCACAUUUUUGCAAUCGCCUAUUUGGAUCUGCAUUGAGUAAAUACGGCAUGAAAAACAAAGUGGCUACACCAUAUCAUCCCCAACCAUGUGGCCAAGUGGAAGUUUCGAACUGCGAGAUUAAGAGUAUAUUGGCAAAGACCGUAAAUCCAAAUAGAACUAAUUGGUCUCAAAAGAUAAAUGAUGCUCUUUGGGCAUAUCGCAUCGCUUACAUGAAACCAAUUGGCAUAUCUCUGUAUCAACUAGUUUUUGAGAAGUCUUGUCACUUACCAAUUGAACUUGAAUACAAAGCACUUUGGGCAUUAAAGGCAUUAAAUUUUGAUUGGACCAAUGAUUCAAAAGAGAGAGUUGAUCAACUAAAUGAAUUGGAUGAAUUCAGGUUUAGGGCAUACGAAAGUUCAGCCCUCUACAAUGAAAAAAUGAAGAAGUGGCAUGAUUCUACAAUCCUUAGACAGAGUUCCGAGUUGGAGAUUGGGUGUUGCCAUAUAAUUCUCGACUGA